UGUCUGUGCCAGUUUAACUGCAUACUCAUUGACGUGAUACAGAUUCUGUCUGUUCGCUGUGCUUUCGUUCCCGAUGCGAGUGCGCUCGCCGGUUGAUGAUAAUAUUCUGCCCAGACGAGUGCCUUCAUUCCGUCACUCAUUCAACGCCGUAAUAAUCCUCCUGCACAACAUGAACAGGCACUGAAAAGCGCAAACAGCUGGCGUUUUCUAACAGAUAUUCUUCUCAUAUUUUGCCCAUGCAAUCCGGCGGAUUUCGUCUCUCCAUGAUGCCCAUUCCCGGGGGAUUUCCAGCGCUGAUUAUCUGUCAGGAUGCGCACGUAUAAAGGGAUUGCGGAUAAUUUAAUUGCCUCUCAUCUGAACACCAGGAUUAUUGCCCUGAUCUGCGCGGUUUGGGCGGGAUUGGGAGGAUGGUCCCUGUGCGUGGCCGGGGCGGCGGCCGUCCGGAGCGCCGCCUGCCCGCCGCUGCUGCCCCCGCCCAACGCCUUCAUCAGCCUGUCGGACGCCGGUGAGGCCCCGCUGGCCCGCUACGUCUGCCUGCCGGGCUACGAGUUGUUCGGCGCCGCGGAGCGGCAGUGUCGGAGCGGGCGCUGGCUGGGCCAGCGCCCCGCCUGCGCCAUCAACAUCGCCAUCCGCCAGCCCGCCAAACAGACCUCCAACGCCACCGAGUUCACCGCGCCGCUCAACCGCGCCACCGGCCCCAAACAGGCCUACGAGGCGGCGGCGUAUUUGGCGGUGGACGGGACGCGGAUUUAUUGCUCAAGCACUUUAACGGAGAGCCAGCCUGUGUGGAGCGUGCAGCUGGCGCGGGACUACCCCGUCGUGGCCGUCAAGCUCUACACUGACACAUCCACAGAUCUCAGCGACCUGGAAGUGGCCGUUGUCGGCGGAGCGGCCGACGCCGGCGCCGCGGAUGCGGCCAGCAAGAAAGAGCCGGCUUCGUCGAUUUCCACUAAUAAGCAGAACGUGAUGUUGUUUAGCUGUGCCGGGAACGUUACCGGUCGGCAGGUGCUGAUCAAGCGGCACACGUACGCCUCAUUGCGCCUCUGCGAGGUCCAAGUCUUUUCCCAGGAAGGCGUGGCGUGUCAGCACCCGGGGGCGCCGGCGAACGGCAUCGUGAAGCUGUCGCAGGUGGAGUGGCCCUUCCCGCCCGGCACCGUGGCCGUCUACGAGUGCAACGCGGGUUUCCAGCGCAUCCCCACCGACGCCAACUUCCACCGCACCUGCUUGAUCAACGGCACCUGGGACACGCAGGAGCCCGUCUGCGUGACGAACGUGGCGCAGUUUAAGCUGGCGAAGCAGUCGUCCCUGUUCAGCCAGUACAACUACCCGGCCUGGCAGGCCGUCGACAACGACGCCACCUCCUGCGCCUGGACGCGCCGCGAGCGCACGUCCUGGCUGCAGAUUGACCUUUUGAAGCCCUAUAACAUCCACGCCGUCUCCGUCCUUCUCGACAAGGAGCGGCUCUUCUACCAAUUCCACCGCAACGUGCUGAUCAGCAUCAGCAACCGGUCGGACGAGCAGCCGGCCAAGGCCGGCGUCAGCUCCAGCGGUAGUCCGCUGUCGCUGACCUUUCGCCGCAACCUGCAGAAGGACGUGGCGCCCGGCUCGGGCAUCUUCUACCUGGACACGCCCACCGUCGGCCGCUACGUCACGCUGUCGGCGGUGGGCAGUGCCGACAAGUUCCUCGGCGUCUGUGACCUCCAGAUCCUCGCCAGCGACGAGAUGCCGGCGAGUCCGGACGUGUGCGGACUGCAGACGCCGGCGACGGCGGCCGGCUUCCUGCACAGCUUCAAGCGGCAGUGCUUGCAGACGGUGCGCUUCACGGCCACCAGUUGGGCCAACGCGGCCGUCUCCUGCCAGGACAACGGCGGCGCGCUGCUCGUCAACCCGGACUACGACACGACGCUCUUCCUCACCAACGUCCUGAGCAACCUCUACCGCUUCCACACCAGCGACGACCGCUACUGGAUCGGCGCGCGCCGCAAUGCAGACGACGACAAGUGGGUGUUUAGCGUGCGGAACAAGACGCUGCCAGUGGAGUCCACGUACUGGGCGCCGGGACGCCCGGCGCCGGAUGUCGCGGCCGGGGAGGAGCGGUGCGCGGCGCUGGGCGGCCAGGGCGUCGGCAAUUGGGCGUGGGCGGAGUAUCGGUGCGAUCAGGAAGCCAACUGGAUUUGCGCUUACGGAGCGAAAGGUUGCGGUGACCCUCCGCAGCCGGAAGCCUCGGCGCUGUUAGUGGCCGACAAACUAGUGGGCGUCAACGGCUGGAAGGUGGGCGACCACGUGCAGUACGAGUGCGCGCCGGGGCACUUGUUGACCGGGUCGGCGGAGCGGCUGUGCCAGCCGGACGGGACGUGGAGUGGCCAGGACGCCGGCUGCCACUAUGUGUCGUGCGGGGAACCGGUGGCGCGCAGCCACUUACUCGUCGUCCUGCUCAACGGGACCGCCCACGUCGGCAGCCAGGCGGAGUAUCGCUGCGCGGACGCCGGCGCGAAGCUAGUCGGCCGCAGUGUGGUGCAGUGCCAAGCCAGCGGCGUCUGGGAGACGGUGGACGCCGUGUGCGAGACGGGGUUCGCGCGGAUCCCCGUGGAGGUCAACAGUCCGCUGCAUCUGGAUGACGGGAUGGCUGUGGACGCGGACAACGCCAGCCACGUCUUCCCCGGGGAUCUGGCCGCCGUGGGCGUCACGCCGGGCGCCGACGCCAAGGGAAUCGGGGCGUCGGAGAACGCCAUGGCUAUCGGCGUCGGAUUGGGCGUGGCGUUGGCGCUGCUGCUGUUGGUCGCCGUACUUAUUUGCUGCGGACUCCGGUACCGUCGGAAGAGCCAGUCCGGCGCGUCAACCCCGCCGUCGACGAAGAAACGCGGGUCCCCGUACGGCACCCUGCGACGUCUCCAAGCCAGCCAGAUCUCCUCGCCCAUCGCCGUCCUGCAGUCGACCAACCCCACCAGCUGCUGCUCGCCCAGCCCCAAGACCUCGGAGACCUACGACACCCUCACCCCGCAGACGUCCCUCUCCGGCGGAUCGGCGGUCAGCGAGGCGGCCUCCUCGGAGACGACCAACCGCGACAGCGCCACCUACCUCAAAUCCACCCUGGGCAAGGCCAGUCUCAAGAAGCUGUACACGGGGACGCUGCGGGCUUUCAGCCUGGAGGAGGCGCCCAACCGCGAGCGGCCGCGCGUGCCCAAGCUGGUGAUCAGCUCGCCCAUCGAGUGCCGUAAGACGGUGGUGGUGGACGGCGGCCGCACCGCCACCGAGGUCAUCUACGCGCAGCCCAAGAAGCCGGGCGGCGCGGGCGUGCCGGAGAACCACUACGAGUACCUGGAGACGGCGCGGGUGCACGGCGGCUACGGGAACCCGCUGGAGGCGGGGCUGACCGGCGAGUACGCCGACACGACGCUGCGGGGCGCGCUGAAGGACUACCUCCCGGAGGAGCUCUACGACGACGUCUCCGCCGCCAUCCACAAGUGACCGCGCCGCAGUACCCCGCCGCCCAUUCCGCGCCGCUGCCUUGGUGACCCGGCCUUUCCGCUCACGUAGUUUACUGCAGCAUAGUCUUUUUUUGUGGUGUUUAAAUCGAUACUAAUAUCUUCAGCUUUUUUUAUCGGUGUACAAAUUUUUAUGCACGAUGUUUCAUGUCGCUGUUGUGUUUUAAUUGGAACGAGUAAAGCCAAGUGGUAU